GGUUCUUUAAGGGUGUACACAUAGAGCAAGUUUGGUAUUUUUACUCUUGGUAUUUUUAAGAGUACUUUUCAAUACAAUGGUUUUUGCAUGCAGUGGAGGGUGACUUUACACUUUGGAAAAGGAAAAGAUGCCUAAACCUUUCCCACCAUUUGCACCUUACUAUAGCUAGCUAUGCCUACCUCCCCCUUAAAAACCCCACACCACAACCCAUUCAUUUGAUGCUCCUCCAACCGCUCUCCGGCCACCGACCCACCCGCUUGCCGACGACCUCCGAAUGCCAAAGCCCGUUGUCGGCCCCGAGCGGCGCACCAACCCUCUAGUUUGGUGCUUCGCGCUUGUCUGCAGUUUCAUAACCGUCGCCGUGAUCGUUACAGGAAUUGUCAUAUUCAUUGCUUACAUGGUGGUGAAGCCGAGGGUUCCCCAGAUGAGCGUCGCGAGAGCUCAUCUGGAGAGAAUCUCGUACGACGCUGCGAGCGUCCUGACACUGAAGGCGGCGAUCGUGAUCAGGGCGGAGAACCACAACGUGAGGGCCCACUCGAGCUUCUACGGGACGCGGUACCUGCUCAGCUUCCGCGGGGUGAAGGUGGCGUAUCUGAGGGCGGGCUCCUUCGACGUCCCGAAGAACAGCUCAGUGGAGCUGUUCUACCCGGUUGAGUCGACUCCGAUCCCGCUCACGCCGGACCAGGCGGACUCGGUGGAGGCGGCGCUGCGGCAGAAGCACGUGGUGUUGGAGAUUGAAGGGGAGACGGGGACGAGGUGGAGGGUGGGGCUGGUGGGCUCGGUGAAGUUCAGGCAGCACCUUUAUUGUCACCUCAAGCUUCCCAUCAAUGGAACACCUGUAUCUGCUGCUGUAGCGACGCGUUUGGAUUUCGUUAGCUUACGUUUGCGGCGGUCUCCGAUUCGCUUGGUGCAGGUCGGGACUCUCACGGCGCCGCAGCCGCUCCAGGCAACGGUCCUCGGCGGAGUUUAGGUCCUGCCCUGAAUCAAUUGAAUUGGAGGCUGCCGCGAUUUGAAACCGGAGAUUCGCACGAAUUGGCGGGCGUAUAGCCAGCCCAUCUUGCUCUCCGAGGAUUAAAGUUCUCUCAAUCACAAGGCUACGGAGAUGAAUGUAUUCGCCCUUGCGGCCUAAUUUCAAUGCAAACUUAGAGAAUUUGUUUUUGGGAGAAAAGAGUAUAAAUCAGAAGUGUGGAA